AUGUCUACUUCUGCCGCAGCUUUGGAGCUCGCCGUAGUCAUCUACAAGCCACAGAAAGGCAACUUCUACCAUUGGGGUUUGCAUGUGCGGAACCGGAUAUCCAAUGCACACCACGUCUUCCAAGUCGAAGGUCCACAGCAUGAGCUGGAGCCCAUGCGCCGCGACGUCAAGCCAUAUUCAUCCAGUCGACUCCUUCAGACGGUUGUCAUUGGUCACCUCCGCGACUCCGAUUUUAGUGUCAUGGAGCAAGCAAUUCGGGCCAUCGAGGUGCAGAACGAUAUACCAACAUGGGAUUGCCAGGAAUACGUGAUCGACAUCAUGGACUCGCUCGAGCAACGAGGACUUCUUGGUGGCAUGCGGAAAUAUUCGGCGGUUAAGAAGGCGAUCAAGAACAUGAGAGGGGACAUGGAUUCUACGCACUUGGCUGUUGUCAACUACGAUUAUGCAAGGCUUCAUGAGGAUGAUGAUGAGGACGACGAUGAUGAUGAGGAGUCAGAGGAAACUGACGACGAUGAUGGCCUUGAUGACGAUGAAGACGACGAAAACGACGUCCAGCCGAGGCAGUUUCGGUCUGCGGACAAGGUACAGGACAGCAGCGACGACGAGUGA